UUAAAAAUCGAAAUAUACAUUCAUACAUUAAAUAUAUCAUGCUUUUAAAAUUAACAACCUAUACAACCGCUAUAAUAGGAGUUACAAUAUCGGUAUUUAUCUUAAUUCGCCAAUUCUUACUAAGUCGUAAUAGAGACUAUUGUUCAUUUAUUCUCAAAAAUCUUCAAUCAUCUUCGGUCACCAGUGUCACUCGCUUAUUGAGAGGCCGAACUGUUAUCGUCACUGGUGCCAAUUCUGGAAUCGGUCGUAGUGCGGCCCUACAAUUGGCCAAGCUGGGAGCGAGGGUCGUAUUAGCCUGCAGAAAUAUGGAUAAAGCCAACGAAGCUCGGGUCGAAAUGAUCCAAGAAAUCAAAAAGGAACUCCUCGUUGCUCAAGAUGCUCAUGAUGAACAUUGUGAUAAUUCGAACCAAGUUACAUUGAAUGGAACUGUCGGAUCGAGCAUAUUGGGCCAAAAUGUGGCUCGCCCUAAAAUCGUCGAAUACCAGUCUGUGCCGGACUACCCUGAAAUAGUUGUGAAAAGACUAGAUUUAUCCGAUUUGGCUAGUGUCCGGAGUUUCGCUAAAGGCAUUUUGGCCACCGAAGCUAGGUGCGAUAUAUUGGUUAACAAUGGAGGUCUCAUGCACUCGAAAUACUCUUGCACGGAACAAGGUCAUGAAAAACUAUUCGGAACGAAUCACCUGGGGCACUUCUACUUGACGCUGCUCCUACUUCCGCUCUUGCAGCGUACGGCCGAGGCCAAUAAAAAGGAUCACGUGCCUGAAUCCGUCGAUCGAAAUUCGGAAAGGCCUCAGGAAAUCGACGAGGGAUUGAGACAGAGAUCGACUACCGAUAGUAGCCCACUUGAUUCCCAUCCCAGCGAGGAUAAAAUCGUGUUCAAACCGGAAAUGGAAGGAGAGAAUAAGUCGACGAGGGACUUGGGGAUGGAAAUCUCGAACAAUACCUGUUCGCGUAUAGUGGUCGUGGCGUCAGCAAUGCACAAAUACGGAAAACUGGAUUUUGACGAUAUCAAUUUAACGAAGGGAGGUUACAAUUAUUGGAAAGUUUAUUCUGCUAGCAAGCUGGCCAAUAUACUCUUCACUAACGAAUUGGCAUGGCGUCUCAAGACGGGAGAGGGUUUGGAAGACUAUCUGCCAAAUCCCGCCCAAAAAAACGCCGACUCUGGAUGUAUAACGGUCAAUUCCUUACAUCCUGGUAUAGUGGUAACCGGCAUGAAUCGAAACAUAGAUACCUUCGAUAUCGGGAAAUGGUUGUUCAACAAAUUUGGAACGAUCGUUUUCAAAAACCCUUAUCAAGGUUCUCAGACGACCAUGUACUGCGCACUGGCUCCCGAAUUAGAAGGGGUGAGCGGAAAAUAUUUCGGGGAUUGUGAAGAACACUUUAGUUCUCCUAAAUCGCACGAUUCCAAAAUGGCGAAAUUAUUAUGGGAUUACAGUAUGGAUUGCGUGAGGAAAUUCGAAAAGGAGAAUUCUUAAUAAAAAAAAAAAAUAAAUUUCACAUUUUCGUUUUUAAUCUUAUUUUUUUUAAUUUUUUUUUUUAGAAAAUUGUGAUUAUUAUAUUUAUCAUAUAACGAAUGUUAUUAUAUAUGAUAGAGUAUCUUUUUUUUGUUAACUUUUACCCUGCAAUCACUUUAGCGGCGAAUUAUACAAAUCGCGCUAACUGUGAAUGGCGUAGUUACUUUUUUUGGAAAGGGGUAAGGUAUUGAAAAAGUAACUGUCUUGUAAAUAAAUAUAAUUUUGUACAGCAGUAUUUUUGAUACUCUUUAUCUAUUUUAGUGUUGUUAAACGGCUCAUUUUGAACCGAUUUUUAAAAACGUCUAACUCAAUAUUUUAGCCUAAAAAAUAAAGCCUAAGCCUUGAGAUUUCGCGAAUAGAUGUCCAAACCUUUGUUCCUUCUACAAACAAAAUUUUCAGGCUUGAGUUAAAUUAUUCUGGAUG